CCUCGCAGCGGACGUGCGGGAGCCGAGGAGGAGCCGAGGAGGAGAACCUGUUCACAGUUUCACUCAAGUUCUGUUCCGCCAACCCGGACCGCGCUCCCGGGCCAUGUCCGGGUCGUACUGCCGGAGCUUGUACCCGUUCAGCGGGCAGCAGCACCAGCAGGGACUGGGCUUCGAGGUCGGGGACGUGAUCAAGGUGGUCCAGGCUCUGCCCGGAGGCUGGUGGGAGGGAGAGCGGGAUGGAGCCACAGGGUGGUUCCCCUCGAGCUACGUCCAGGUCCUGGAGAAGACAGCCUCUCUGAGUCAGCUACCUGUUGAAGACCCCCUGCCUCCGCAGUGGAGAUGCUACACGUCUCCGCAAGGGCGCCAAUACUACGUCAACACCACGAGCAACGAGACCACAUGGGAGAGACCGUCCAGUGCACCUGGGACCCCCAGGACCUCCUCCCGACACAAGACCUCCCUGCCAACAGUGAAUGGGUUUCACUCAGGUGGGAGUCCCUUGCAUCAUGGGGAACAUUCCCACAGCAGCCUGGUUAGGAGGAGCAGCACGGUGCCACAGAGCCCAGGAUCACCUUCUCCCACCAGGAAACGGAACAAGGAGCCCGCGGUCACGAUGAACUGUGUGACGUUCCCGUCUCCUGCAUGCCUGCCGGAGCAACAGCUGCUGAAGCCAAACGAAUGGAGCUACUGUGACUUCUUCUGGGCCGAUAAGAGGGAUCCCCAGGGCAACGGCUGCAUAACAGGAUUUGAGGUCAUUCUACACAAACAGCUGAAGGGGAAACAAAUGCAGAAAGAGAUGGCUGAGUUCAUACGAGAAAGGAUAAAGAUAGAAGAGGAGUACGCCAAGAAUCUCUCCAAGCUCUCCCAGGUCCCUCUAGCGAGCCAGGAGGAAGGGACUCUGGGGGCGGCUUGGGCCCAGCUGAAGAAGAGCCUUGCAGAUGAAGCUGAGGUUCACCUAAAGUUCUCCUCAAAGCUCCAGAGUGAAGUGGAGAAGCCUUUUCUGGCCUUCAGGGAGAACUUUAAGAAGGACAUGAAGAGGUUUGACCAUCACAUCGCUGACCUACGGAAGCAACUGGUUGGUCGCUAUGCAGCGGUGGAGAAGGCCCGCAAGGCUCUGGCUGACAGACAGAAAGAGCUGGAGAUGAAGAGUCAGCAACUGGAGAUGAAACUCAGCAGCAAGUUUGAAGAAGACAUCAAGAAGGCCCGCAGGAAAUCCACUCAAGCAGGAGACGAUCUGAUUCGCUGUGUCGACCUGUAUAACCAGUCUCAGUCCAAAUGGUUUGAGGAGAUGAUCACCACGAGUCUGGAGCUGGAGCGGUUGGAGAUGGAGCGAGUGGAGAUGAUCAGACAGCAUCUGUGUCAGUACACCACCCUUCGACAUGAGACAGAUAUGUUCAACCAAAGUACGAUGGAGCCGGUGGACCAGCUGCUGCAGUGUGUGGACCCGGCCAAAGACAGAGAGCUUUGGGUGCGAGAGAAUAGGACUGGGGAGACCAGGCCAGUGGACAUAGAAAUCUGACCCCCGUGCAGACGCCCAUCUGCACCCGCUGGCUCACACUCUGUUCCAGAGGACACAUGCCUGAGGACCAACGAGGAGAUGAAACCUGUGCUGGGAUCUUAACCGUCCUCCCACUGAUCCACUUGGGACGCCCACCAGACUGAGGGGUGGUCAGUCAGUGCUCAGUGGGGAAGAUGGGCUCAGUAUACAGGAGUAGUAGUAGAGAACCUUCAGCAAUGCGUAAAGUGUCAGAUGAUGUCGGGUGCUGAAGCCUGGCUGAGAUGGCACAGGGAAGUGGACACUAAGAAGCCUCUGCAAUGGACAUUUAAAGACCUGCUAAUGUUGAGUAUGUCAUGCAGCUGCUUUUGCUCUGUGAGGUGAUUCAAUGAUUCGCUUUUGUUUGACAGACGCUGCGAGGCAACAGGGUUGUUACUGUGUACCGGACUGAGACCAAAGUAUUUUCAUACUAAUACUCACAAUGGGUCUUUGUGCUAAGCCCCUCCCACCCUUUCUAUUGUUACUACAUUUUACAUUUACAAACACAAUAUUUAUCAUACAGUAGGUCUUUGUUUCCAAUGUUUCCAAUACAAAUAAACCAAUGCAGCUUCUC